AUGGCUUUGCCUCUGGGGUCCUUGGGUCGCGGCUUGGCCAGUGCAGCCAAGGGAGACCACGGAGGGACAGGAGCCCGCACCUGGCGCCUCCUGACCUUCGCGCUGGCGCUCCCGAGCGUGGCCCUCUGCACCCUCAACUCCUGGCUCCACUCGGGCCACCGUGAGCGCCCAGAGUUCAUCCCCUACCAUCACCUCCGGAUCCGCACCAAGCCCUACUCCUGGGGAGACGGCAACCACACUCUUUUCCACAAUCCCCGGGUCAACCCUCUGCCCACGGGCUACGAAAAGCCUUGA